GUGUUAUAUAUAAAGUUGCUUAGUAAUUUGUUUGUAUACACAUUAUGUAUAAGAUAUGGUAUGAAAUUUGGGUUCUUUUGCUUCAUCUUAAUGAGUCGAGUAAUGUUAUUAUUAGUAACAUUAUGUCUUUUUCGUUGUUUUAGUAUGUGUUUUGUUGUUUUGAAUUUUCAUUAUGUGUUGCUAAUGUAAACAUAGAGGUGUCCUUGUUCAGGGUACCCCGGGGAAAGUCAAGCCCUUUGCUUUGAUUUAUGUGGCCUAAGCGGUAUUUCCGUGGCCAUUUUCUCUCGCCAUUCCAAGAUGUAAAUUUACCCGGCUAGGAGGUGCCGGUCUGCGUAGGGGGAAAACACGUCUUCUUGGAGACAUUUGGGACCCUCACUACUAGGCCACCUUGGCAAUGGUUCUGUUUAUAUUGAUUUAUAGUUGUGUGAUUCUGAUAUAUUAUUAUGUGUUUCAAUAACAUGAGUGUAUUUUUUUCAGUUAUACUCACGUAUUUGGUGUGUAUAUUGAGGUCAACUGUGAAUUUUUUUGUUUCAGUAACCAUUAUCAACGUUUAAUAUCUUUAAAGUUACAGAAAUGGCAAUAGUUUCAUCAAAGAAGAUGAUAGCAAUUUGCCAAUAUGGAGGUGAUUUUGACACUUAUGAUGAUGGAUCUAUGAAUUAUAUUGGUGGGGAGGCGUAUGCUGUUGAUCUUGAUGAGAAUAUGCAGUUGAGUGGUUUCAAGCAAGAGAUAGCUGAAACUAUCGAUUCGACUGUUGAUGGGAUGAUAAUUAAGUACUUCUUGCCUGGGAACAAAAAGAAUCUCAUCACGGUAUCAAAAGAUAAGGACUUUCAACGAAUGGUGAAUUACUACAAAGAAGCUGAUCAGCUUGAGGUUUUUAUUAUGAAAGAAGCCCCUCCCGGUAAAAAUACCAAGAAAAAGCAGCCUGCCCGUAGGCCACAGAAGACACCACCAAAGCCGGAAUCGGCAGCAAUCGUCCCAACUACCCUUGCUGCUGACCCGAACCCCAUUUCAACUAAUGCAAUGGCUCUUAGUGAAACUGUUGAUAUUGAAACAACUAAUGAUAUCACUCCAGCUCCUGUUCCAAUUUCUUCCAAUAACCCGUUUCAAAUGGCCGUCAUGGAUAAUGAACGUAUAGCCGCAAAACAGUGGGAAAAUCUCAUAACUGGUGUAGGCCAAAGAUUCCACUCCCUGGCAGAAUUCCGGGAGGCCCUGAGGAAGUACUCAAUUGCACAUGCUUUUAACUUUGUUUAUAAAAAGAAUGAGAACCAACGAGUAACUGUGAAAUGUAAAGCCGAAGGUUGUCCAUGGCGAAUCCAUGCAUCAAAACUGUCCACCACUCAGUUAGUAUGUAUAAAGACAAUGAGACCGCUUCAUAAUUGCCAAGGAGUCACUUCAAAAGCUCCAUUUCGGGCCAAAAGAAGUUGGGUCGGAAAUCUCAUUAAAGAAAAAGUAAAAGAAUCUCCUAAAAUUAAGCCUAAAGACAUUGCAGUUGAACUUAAGCGGGAUUAUGGGAUUGAUUUGAAUUAUUCACAAGCAAGGCGUGCCAAGGAAUAUGCAAGAGAACAGCUGUUGGGAUCAUAUAAAGAUGCAUAUAGCGAGUUACCAUUCUUUUGUGAGAAAAUAAUGGAGACGAAUCCUGGAAGUCUUGCUACUUUUAGUACAAAAGAUGAUUCUAGCUUUCACCGACUGUUUGUGUGUUUUCAUGCUUCGAUAUCGGGUUUCUUACAAGGUUGCCGACCCCUUCUAUUUUUAGAUAGUACACCGUUAAAUUCCCGUUAUCAAGGCAUGCUAUUGACUGCAACUGCAGCCGACGGUGAUGAUGGUGCGUUUCCAGUAGCGUUUGCAGUUGUUGACGAGGAAAAUGACGAUAAUUGGCAUUGGUUUUUAACUCAACUUAAAAUGGUUGUCUCAACACCUGGCCAAAUUACAUUUGUUGCUGAUUUUCAAAAGGGUAUUAGAGAAUCUUUACGGGAAAUAUUUGGCGGGGAGUGUUAUCAUGCUUACUGUCUCGGGUAUUUAGCAGAAAAACUGAAUAAAGAUCUAAAGGGUCAUUUCUCACAUGAUGCUAGAAGGUUAAUGGUUGAAGAUCUUUAUGCAGCUGCACAUGCACCGAAACUUGAAGCUUUUGAAAAGUGUACUGAAGACAUUAAAGCCAUCUCUCCCGAAGCUUACAAUUGGGUCAUAAGAAGUGAGCCCGAGCACUGGGCUAACACGUUUUUUGGUGGGUUGAGGUAUAAUCAUAUGACAUCUAAUUUCGGACAUCUUUUUUAUGCAUGGGUGUCUGAAGCGAAUGAGCUACCGAUAACCCAAAUGAUUGAUGACUUAAGGGGUAAGAUGAUGCAGUUAAUUUACACACGAAGAGUUGAAUCGAGUCAAUGGAUGACUCGGUUAACACCUUCCAUGGAAGAAAAGCUAAAAAAUGAGAUCAUAAAGGCUCGAUCAGUACAAGUUUUGAGAUCACAAGGAAGUAAAUUUGAGGUUAGAUAUGGUGAGACGGUUGAUGUAGUUGAUAUUGAGAACUGGGAUUGUCAAUGUAAAGGGUGGUUGCUAACAGGUCUGCCUUGUUGCCAUGCUAUUGCUGUGCUGGAAUCAUAUGGGAGGAGCCCGUAUGACCAUUGCUCUAGAUACUUUCAUGUUGAGACUUAUCAGUUGACUUAUGCCGACUCAAUCAACCCUAUACCGAACGUUGAAAGGCUAGUAGAUAGUGAGACCGAAGAUGGUUCGGUUCUUGUCACCCCUCCACCCACUAUGAGGGCACCAGGCAGGACCAAGAUAAGGAAGGUUGCACCAGGUCGGAUUGGACCCUCUGACUUCCUGAAGCGCCAACUCCAAUGUGGGAAGUGUAAAGGGCUUGGUCACAAUAAACGAUCGUGCAAGGAGAUUGAUUAGUAUGCAUGCUGCUAAUGUUCAAAGAUAAUAAAGAGGAUGGAAGUCAAUGCAAAAGUUUGGAUUUAGGAUUCUUGAUUGCAAUUUCUAUCUUAGCUUGGUUUUUUUUUUUUUUUUUUGUCUGAUGUAAAUGCUGAUGGUAAUUUCAUUAGCGCGGGAUUUGCUUCUGGUAAAGAUAUUUUUAUUACAGAUCAGUUUAGGAUAUGGAUGGUUGGUGUUAUGACUGGUCUAUGUAGGGAGGUUUUAGCUUUGAACAAUCUUACAGUUUAUGCACAGUUUUAGUUUUUGGGUGAGCCCAUUUUGUUCUC